GAAAGAAAUGUCGUUGGAGUGAGUAACUACUAAUCAGAUCAGGUCCAUGGCGGCUACAACGAGCUCCGGCGACGAGCCACCGGGAACGGAAACGCCGGCGCAAUUGAUUCCGUCACUAUCAGAUGACGUUGCUCUGAAUUGUCUUGCCCGAAUCUCUAGAUGUCAACAUCCGAUCCUCUCCCUCGUCUCCAAGGCUUUCCAGUCACUCCCCAAAUCGCCUUUGCUCUACGCCACACGAUCUCUCGUCGGCGCCACCGAAAACAUCCUCUAUGUCGCAAUCCGCUUACCUCCUGAAUCUGGUGCGUGUUGGUUCACUCUCCUCCAUAAACCCAAUCGAAAUCGAACCGUAUCGAGCUCAACGAAUUCGAGUCUCCUCGUUCCCAUCGCGUCUUGUCCAUCACCGUCUCUUGUCGGGUCUGCUUACGCCGUGGUGGAUUCGGAGAUUUACGUAAUCGGUGGAUCCAUCAGAGACGUGCCUUCCUCGAGCGUGUGGGUUCUCGAUUGCCGGCUUCAUACUUGGCGACGAGUCUCUAACAUGAGGGUCGGUCGCGAAUUCGCAGCAGCUGGUGUAAUCGACGGGAAGAUUUAUGUGAUCGGAGGAUGUGUGGUUGAUAAUUGGGCUCGUUCGAUUAACUGGGCAGAGAUGUUCGACAUAAAGACUCAAACUUGGGAGCCAGUGGCUAGCCCAGGGAUGGAGGUGCGUGAGAAAUGGAUGCACGCAAGUGCGGUGAUGGAAGGGAAAGUCUACGCAAUGGCUGAUCGGAACGGUGUCGUUUACGAGCCCAAGGAAAGGAAAUGGGAUAUGCCAGAGAAGAGGCUUGAUUUGGGAUGGAGAGGAAGAGCAUGUGUGAUUGAGAACAUACUGUAUUGCUAUGAUUACUUGGGGAAGAUUAGAGGGUAUGAUCCGAAAGAUAGGAUUUGGAGAGAGCUCAGAGGUGUGGAAACACUUCCAAAGUUUCUCUGUGGUGCUACGAUGGCGAAUCGUGGUGGAAAGCUUGCGGUUUUGUGGGAAGGAAAAGCGGGUAGUGGCGGUUCUAGGAGAAUGGAGAUUUGGUGUGCAGAGAUUGAUAUUGAAAGGUCCGGGGAAGGAGACAUUUGGGGCAAGAUUGAAUGGACCGAUACCGUGCUUACGGUUCCUAAUGAAUCCGCCAUAGUGAAUUGCUUGGCAGCUACAGUUUGAUGAUGAUACUACUACAUACAUGUUCACUGUCUCUGAAUCUGAAUCAUCAUCAUCAUUAUCAUUAUCAUCCAUGCCUCCCACACAGGUCUGCUUCUGAUUCACUGUGAUUGGUUCUGUUAUGUGUGGCUGUGAGUAGCUAUCAUUGUGAGGAGCGUCGUGAUUUAGGCUGCUUUGUCAGGAAUGGUGGAUUGAAAAAGAGUAUUGCACGAGGCGCUGAGACAAGAUGAAAUAACUGGCCAGUGUAAUGAAGUUUAUAGAUUUUUGCUUCUGUACUUUGGGGAUAAAUCAACUGUCUUUACUCUUUAGCAUGUUGUUGUUCAUUGCUUUUGUUGCAUUCCAUGUGAAAGCUACUUUCAGAUUUUAACAAUACCAUUAAUAAAUUUCUGUACUUGUCUUGCUC